AAACUGAAACAGUUAUGUCCCAUUGUUCACUUGAUACUGAAGUUAUAGGAGCUAACAUCACCAUGGCUUCUCUGGCAACCUUAGCUGCUGUUCAACCAGCUGCAAUCACUGGCCUUGCUGGAAGUUCCCUUACUGGAACUAAGCUCACUUUCAAGCCCUCUCGCCAGAGUUGUAAAUCCAAGAAUUUCAGGACUGGUGCCGUGGUAGCAAAGUAUGGUGACAAGAGUGUGUACUUUGAUUUGGAGGAUAUUGGCAACACUACAGGUCAGUGGGACUUGUACGGCAACGAUGCACCUUCACCCUACAACCCUCUUCAGAGCAAGUUCUUCGAGACAUUUGCUGCUCCAUUCACAAAGAGGGGAUUGUUACUCAAGUUUUUGAUAUUGGGAGGUGGUUCCACCCUUGCAUACCUCAGUGCUACAGCCUCAGGUGAUAUUCUACCAAUCAAAAAGGGCCCACAACUUCCACCAAAGCCUGGUCCUCGUGGCAAGAUCUAAUUUAAUUUGAAGCAUAACUCCAUCUAUUAUGUUCCCCUUUUAAUCUUUAUUAUUUUUGCAUAAUGUGUAAGUAUUCCAAAAGCCUACUAUUCAAAGAUGUUUAUUUCCUGUCUAAUUGAGUGCCUUGCUUUGAUUUUCAAUUGAAGCAAAGCCAAACUUGUAUGAGCUAUUUGAUUGGAUUGGGAGUAUUGAUCUUAAACUCUUUAACAUGUAUUUUAAUCUUUGAAUUAUAAAUUAAUCAGAUCUUGUCUGGCACAAUAAA